CCGGCGAGCAAAAUGGCGCUGAAGAAAGACAAGAAGCCUAAGAAGUCAACCUGGAAGUUUCAUUUGGACCUUACUCAUUCAGUAGAAGAUGGAAUUUUUGAUUCUGGAAAAUUUGAACAGUUUCUACGGGAGAAGGUUAAAGUGAAUGGAAAAACUGGAAAUCUUGGGAAUGUCGUUCACAUUGAACGCUUCAAGAAUAAAACCACAGUUGUUUCUGAGAAACAGUUCUCUAAAAGGUAUUUGAAAUACCUUACCAAGAAAUACCUUAAAAAGAACAAUCUUCGUGAUUGGCUUCGUGUGGUUGCAUCUGACAAGGAGACUUAUGAACUUCGUUACUUCCAGAUUAGUCAAGACGAAGAUGGAUCCGAGUCUGAGGACUAGAUGAAGCCAUCCCUUUCAGGGCUUUGCUUGCUAAUAAAACAAAUGAAGUAUACAAGAGAAACAUCUUGAAAUGGACCUUUAGUUUAUCAGUGAAUAAAAAGCAUUACUCUGUAUGUUAAGCAUUCAUCU